AUGUCCGUGAUGGGAUCCAAUGUACCAGAUGACGUCCAGACCACCUCCACCACCAACACCAUCACCAUCUGUGACCUCUUCGACCAGGCUCCCACUCUGCUGGUUGUCAUCAAGGGCGUCAACACUUGUUUGACCAACAAGGCACUCCCAGAGACCAACCCAUGUCUUAAUGUCAACAGAAUCAAGCUACGGGCUGUGUCAACGAUGAACAUCAUCAACAACAACCCAUACCUCGCUGACAUGAAGUUGACGACCUCCUGA